AUGUCGCUCUGGGAGGAAACCGUGUGGAACAGGACCGAUAUCCUACCCAAGUCGCUUGUUUUGGUCGCGGUAGGCACCUACAUCGCGUACCACGUUUCCAAAGUCAUCUACAACCUAUUCUUUCACCCUCUGCGGCACAUCCCCGGUCCCAGGCUCGCAGCUGCAACAUACAUUCCGGAAUUCUACUAUGAUGUGCUGAGAUCUGGCAGCUACACUCGACAGAUCAUGCAGAUGCACGCCAAAUACGGUCCCAUCGUCCGCAUCAGCCCCAACGAGGUUCACUGCGGCGAUAACCGUUUCAUCGAGGACAUCUACGCCGUAGGGAACCGGAAACGUGAUAAGCCCCUACACCAGGUCAGGGGCAGCGGAGUCGCCGAACAGGCAACCUUCUCGACCGCCGACCACGACGUCCACCGUAUGCGACGGGGCGCCGUGUCCAAGUUCUUCUCCCGCGCCCAGGUGUCUCGGCUGGAGCCCACCGUUCGCGACCUCGCAGAGCGGCUCUGCAACAAGAUCCUGGACGUGGGCAAACGAAGCCCCUUCGAUGUCACCACUGCGUACAGCCUGUUCACCACAGACGUCAUUUCCGGUUACUGCCUCGGCAAGAACAUGGGCCUCAUAGACCAGGACGGCUGGGAGCCCAAUUUCCGGGAACCGCUGUACGCACAGCUGCGACUUGUGUACUGGUUCCGCUUCAUUCCGCUUCUCAAACAUGCAGGCGUCGCAAUGGCCAUGUUCACCAGAAAGCUUUCCGAGGACAUGGAGACACUGUUCAACGCGCUCAUAGUUGACAUGCCCAACAACGUUAGAAAAGCCCAAGCCGACGUCAACAAGGGCAUCGACGACGGCACGUCCGUCUUCGGCGCCCUUCUGAGAUCAGACCUGCCGCCCUCCGAGAAGGCCCUCCAGCGCAUGACGGAAGAGGGCUUCUCGCUGUUCGCCGCCGGCACUGAGACUGUCAGCUGGGCCCUGGCGGUCAUCACAUACCAUCUUCUCACGAAAGACGAGCUACUGGACAAGGCCACGGCCGAGGUGAGCCAGGUCGUCGACGAUUCCGGGCAGUUGCCGUCUUGGGCGGCACUGGAGAAGCUCCCCUACCUGGGCGCCGUAAUUCACGAGGGUCUUCGGCUGUCUUACGGCCUUGCUACCCGGACUGCCCGCGUUCCGACCGGGGAAGACUUGGUAUAUCGGGGCGAGUGGACCCCGCAAGGAAGUAGGUCACUGACCGAAGUCGAGUAUGUGAUACCGAGGGGGUACGCUAUUGGCAUGUCGGCUGUCAUCGCGCAUCAUGACGAAAGCGUGUACCCGGACUCGCACGCCUUUGUGCCCGAGCGAUGGUUAGACGAGAAGGGUCGACAUCGGAAAGAACUAGACCGGGCCCUCUUGGCAUUCUCCAAGGGAAGCCGGGGCUGUCUCGGGAUAAACCUAGCUUAUUGCGAGCUCUAUAUCUUGCUCGCACUGUUGAUUGUCCGCGUGUUCCCGCGUAUGAAGCUGCAUGAGACCACCGAGGCCGACGUGGCAUAUGACCACGACUUCUUCAACCCAUUUCCGGUAUGGAACAGCAAGGGUGUCAGAGCAGUCAUCGUGUGA